GCAAUAAUUGUACCUACACUAAAGCACAGCCAACAGAAAUUUUAAAAUUAUCACCUAUAUGUACCAUCAAAACUAUAACGUAUAAUUUUGAAUAGUUAUUACUAUCGUAACGAAAAUCAAGCAUGUGUACUCAAAAAGUAGCUUUUGGUUCAAGUUCAAAAAGGUUUGGAAAAAUUACUGUCCAUCCUAGUCUAGAUCGAAGUGGACUAUAUACGGAAAGAUCAAACGGCUGUGAUCCUUGCCUAUACCAUCCUCAAUUCAUAAGUGAAAUAUUUCGAGUCAACCGUUUCAGAAAAGUAGACAAGGACCCAUGGCGAUAUAAAACUGAACUUGAAGAUUGGGCACGUAAUUUAGGAUACAGGAAUCAAAAAAUUUUAAAUCAGAGAAAGUGGCAAAAUAGUGUAUUAGGCCCCGCUUGGACUGAAAUAAAAGAACAUCCUAAGUACGAAUCAGCUUGCAAAAAUGUAGGCUUCGGAAGAACUUCUAGAUUUAAAUCACGUAAAACUUUUACACCACCUCCGGGUACUUAUUACACCGCCACGCCGUUCAAAGCACCGUAUGGCCCACAUUCUGAUAAACCGUCCUUCGAGAGGGAAGAACCUUGUCGGUUUAAGGAUACAUUGCCAAAAUGGUCUUUGGCACCAAAUCGCUAUACCAUCGUUGACAAAGAAAGUAUUGAGCAGAAGUCAAAGAAAAUUGUUUCCCUACGGGGGCCUUAUGACCUUUUUACCGGAAAACGAGAUGGUACUACAAUAAAAAAUCAUUUCAAUACAUCACUAAGAUGCGGAGCGGCGACAUGGCCGCUAGCCUUAAAAGGUUGCUUGGAAACGUACAAAAAAUCACACUUUGGUACAAUGAAUAAAACUAACCGAAGUCUUCCUUAUAGAGGACGAAAUGCACUUGUUGAUAUAUCGAUGUGUGUGAAAAGACCGGAAGAGCCAGGACCAGCUCAUUUAAACAUAGAUAAAACUAAGGUAUACAAAAAAAACAAAUUUGCCUUUAAUAGUAGCUACGAUAAACCACCUGGGUACAAAAGAGUCGUCGUUUGGCCUGGCGUAGGUAGAUAUACUAUAAAAGACGAUAGUUGCGGAAUAUUUGGACAGGGGUAUAAACAUGUAUUCCUGAGUCGUCAAGAAAGGACUAUUGGAGCUAUUUUACCCCAACCUAUGAAUUCAUUUUAAUUUUUUUACACGUAAAAUUUCAUCAUAUUCUUAUUAAAAUAGCGGUAUAGAAAUAUAAAACUCACAUUUUCUUAACAUCCCAAUUUGAGCAAAUUCAUACCAAGAUUUACUCUUGAGUAUAAUCUUAAGACGCAAAAAUUUAAUUUUUAUAUUACGACAACUAAAAAAUUAAAAACUACAUCAGUCCUAGAGACAGGGUUUGAUAUUACUUUUUCCUUGAUGCGAUCGCAAGUUCACGUCGCUGAGGAUUUAUUUUUGUCAUGAAUUUCAAGGUAAUGUUAGACACCAUUUCUUGAGCUAGCAUCUCUUGCAAAGUACAAAAAAACGAUAUAUUUGAAUAUUUGAGCCAAAUUACAUGAGUCUUCAUGAAGGAAUUGGUAAAGCCUCCUUUGACUGCAACUCUUUGUCUGGGUAAUAACUCAUAGUCUGGCUAAUAAACGAUAACGAAAAAGCGCGGCAAAUUAAAAAAAAAAAUUGUAUGGUAUCCCUAAAAGUUUGAUAUAUUUUGUGGAUUAAAUUUACUUGAUACUUGA